AUGAGGCAGUGGACAUCGUCCAUUGCUGCACACCCACACGUCGAUUUUCUCCGGCUGGUGGCUGAGCCAAGGCCUCUGACCUUCAGGGUCAGGCACCUAAAUGCUCCAAGUCCACGACCAGGUUGCCUCAUGAAGCCCAUAAAGGUUGAAGCAUUGAAAUCAGUUAUUAAUCGUGAUGUACUUGUCCCUGACAUACGACACAAGGAUGAACAAAGUGGCAUGCCCGAAAUGAUUGAUGCAAUCGGAACAGCCCUUCGAUCAAUGGGCGACGGCGAGAUCAGCAUUUCAGCAUAUGACACAGCAUGGGUUGCGCUUGUGAAGAGCUUGAAUGGAGAUAACACACCGCAGUUCCCCUCGUGCAUUGAUUGGAUUGCUCGGAAUCAGCUGCUAGAUGGAUCAUGGGGUUUGUCAUUCAUCUCUGAAAAUAUGUGGAGGUUAGCCAACGAUGAUGAUAAUUGGACGCUAUGUGGCUUUGAGAUUAUCUUCCCUAUGUUGCUGGAGAAGGCCAAGAACCUAGGUGUGAACAUACCGCUUGAUGACCCCACGUUGGAAGCAAUAUAUGCCAAAAGAGAACUCAAGUUCACUAAGAUUCCGAGAGAUGCACUCCAUGUUGUACCAACAACUUUCCUUCUAAGCAUAGAAGGGAUGCCAGGUUUGGACUGGAAAAGGCUAUGUAAGCUCCAGUGUCCAGACGGCUCCUUCAUGUCUUCACCUGCUCCCACGGCUUAUGCUCUAAUGCAGACUGGGGACCCUAAGUGCUUUGAGUUCCUUGAUAGAGUGGUCAGCAAGUUUAACGGAAGCGGCACUAGCUUAACUCCCCCAGCUGUCCCCUACAGAACGAACCUCUUCAGCAACGAUAUGUACCUCAAGGUGGCGAAAGCUGAUUUCAGCAAAUUUCAGAGACUAUGCCGACUAGAGUGGCACAGCCUGAAAAGGUGGUGUGGCAAGAACAAUCUUGAAAUGUACGGCGUGACUCGGCAGAGCGCGCUGAGAGCUUACUUCCUGGCCGCGGCCAGCAACUUCGAACCGAGCCGAGCAGCAGAGCGCCUGGCAUGGGCGCGCACAGCGGUGCUCGCCGAGGCCAUCUCCGGGUGCUUGCUGAUGAGCAGCAACACUCACGACGAUCGGACGAUGACGGCCGAAUGGCUCGUCGAUGAAUUCGUCAACAGCGACGAUGACAACCCGGCAAGUGGAAGAGGGAAGAAGAAUUCACGAGUUACUAGCAGCCUCGGCUAUGCUCUUCGUGACCUUAUUGACAUCCAUGCGUCCGGCAACGCUUCUGUCGCUGACUGUCUUCGUGGAGCUUGGAAGGAGUGGUUCAUGGCAUGGACUAAAACGGAGAGGGAAGGACCACGCGCAGCGGAUACAGCAAUGUUGCUAGUUCGCACAGUCGAGAUUUGUUCUGGAAGGCACCACUCCACCGAACAGGACAUGAAGCUUCUACCAGAUUAUUCGAAGCUCGAACAGCUUACCAGAUCCAUCUGCUGCAGACUGGCGACUGAAGCUCCUGCUCUGAAUGGAGAAAACAUGGACAAGAUUGAUGAUCUGGACAGGAUGGUUGGAUUCGAGAUGCAAGAACUGGCUCAAUGUGUUUUCCAGAGCUGCAGCUCCAUCAACAGAGAAACACGGCAGACAUUUCUCCAUGUGACCAAGAGUUACUACUAUGUCGCCCUCUGCUCACAUGAAACAAUUGAACAUCACAUCUCCAAGGAUUCAGUCGUACCGACAGAAAUAAUCCGUGGCCUUCUUCGCCUAGUAUUUGUGUACGUUGGGAAGGAUGCCCAAAAUUUCCUGUUAAACAAAUACCAACGUAACCGUUGCCAUGUGAGAGAAAAGGUCGAAGAAUCACUGCAUCUGAUGCUCAAUGCUCAGCGAAAUAAAAAUUGUAUGUCCUCCGAUCCAGAGUUGCUGUUCCCUUCGUCUCUGAAACACAACCAUGUACGGAGACUGAGGCUUUGCUUGCACACCUCCCACCCCAUGGCAACCCCAAUCCAGGUGAGCAUACUUGCGGCCCUGCAGGAACUAUGGAAGCAAGUUUGUUGGGCCGGGCAGUGGCAUCACAGCCUGGUGGUGAUGAUUGGUGAAGCGUUCGAGUAG